AGGCUAUAUAUAUCAUUGCUGUCACUUGGAUAAGGCAGGCCAGUCCCACAUAGGAUCACACAUUGGAAGCUGCAUCAUGGCCUUCUUCAAAUUAAUGGUGCUGCUGUCACUAGCCGCAGUUGGAGUACUUGGAAAAGCCGUGGAAACCCCAGCAAAGAGGAGUGCUGAAGCUCCCGCCGAGAGCAAAAUCAAAGAGAGAGCAGUCUUCUACGAUGCUGAGGACCAACACGUCUCAGCCUCCCCAGCUGUGAUCCAAGAUAGCGGUUACUACUCCUACAGCGCUCCCUCCAGCUACUUUGGAGGAGUCAAAUCGGCUGCUGUCGCUCCAGCCUUUGCCUCCUACAAAUCAGCAGGAGAAGAAGAUGAUGGCUCCUACAAACCUGAGAGGUACUCUGGUGGAGCCUACACUUCCUACUCCUCAGGAUCCAAGGCCUCAGUUUACCCCAAGAGCUACUACGGUUCAUAUUCCCAGGGAGGAUACUCCUACGCUCCUUCCUACUAUGGAGGAUCAUCCUAUGGAUCGUAUCCUGGAUCUUCAUACCAGUACGGAUCCUCAUAUCCCUAUGGAGGAUCUUAUGGAUCAAGCGGAUACUAUGGUUCAGGCGCUUCAUCCUACUAUGGAUCAUACCCCUACUAUGGAUACAACUCUGGUUCAUCCUACUAUGGAGCAGGCAGUUAUCCCUAUGGAGGCAGCUACUCCUACCCCAGCGCUUACAACUAUGGAGGAGCUUACAGCUAUGGUGCUCCCAGUGGAACUUACUAUGGUGACGCUUACAAAUCCUACAACACCAACCCGUUUGGAUACUACAAGUACAAUGCCCAAACCGCUGGUCAAAUCUACUCCAAACCUACCAAAUACGAAUCGAUCACCCCUGUUGCUAGCCCUGCCCCAGUGGUGGUGUCAACCCCUAAACCAGUUGUGGUCGAGGCUGUGAAACCAUCCGGAUUUGAAAGCUACAAGUAUGCCCAUGCCCCAGUGUACUCUUCCUACUCACCUUCUUAUGGAUCUAACUAUGCAGGUUACUACGGUUACAAGGGUUACCAGAAUGCCUACACCCCCAACUACCUUCACAAUGCUUACAACCCUGGAUACUACCAGACCCAAACCUCUGGUUACAUCCCUUACAAGAGUGUAGCUGCCCCUGCAUACUACCAAGCCCCCAAGGUUUACCAUGACUCGGUGUCAUCAAUCCUGUCAUCCACCCCAGCACCAAUUGUUCAGAAGCCUAUUGUGGCUGCACCCAUUGUGAAGGCCCCAGCAGUAAUCCCCGCCAAGACCUACUCAUCAGGGUACUAUAACUCUGCCUACAACUACCCAGGAUACUCCCAGUACCCAGCCUACAAUCAAGGCUACUACGGUUAUGGAAAGAACUACGCUGACUACUACAAAGGUUCCUACACCCCUAACUACAUCCACAACGCCUACAGCCCAAGCUACUACCAGUCUGGAUCCUAUGCCUACACUCCAGCAGUUCCCGCUAAGGUCCACCAUGACUCAGUAUCAUCAAUCAUUGCAGCCACUCCAGCGCCAGUCAUUCACAAGCCCAUUGUUGCCGCACCAGUUGUGAAGGCUCCAGUCUACCCUGCUUUCCAGAGCCAGUACACUCCAGCAGUCUACCAUCAGCCAGCUGUGUACCCCAAGGUGACUGUUUCUUCUACUCCAGCUCCAGUUGUUCAUGCCGCUCAUGUACACUCUGCGCCAGUGGUACACUCUGCCCCAGUUGUACACUCUGCUCCAGUGGUACACUCUGCCCCAGUUGUACACUCUGCUCCAGUGGUACACUCAGCUCCAGUUGUACACUCCGCUCCCGUGGUCCAUGCCGCUCCAGUUGUACACUCUGCUCCAGUGGUCCAUUCUGCACCAGUAGUACACUCUGCCCCAGUGGUCCAUGCAGCUCCUGUAGUCCAUGCCGCACCAGUAGUCAAACCCGCCCCAGUCAUUCCCACCAAAACCUACUCCUCAGGAGCCUUCUACCAGGGCGCUUACACACCCUCCCACUACCAGGGUUCAUACUACCAGGCUCCAGCAGCUUACUCCAGCGUGUUCCCCAUUCCAGCCAAACAGACUCCAGUGAAGGCCGCUGUCGCUCCAGCCUACCAAUCUUACAGCUACCCUGGAUACUCAUCCUAUGCUGCUGGGUAUGGAAGCUAUGCUCCAGGAUCAAGCCUGUACAAGGGUUACUCUUCCAGUGCCUAUGUGUCACCAUCUCACUACUCAAGCGGAAGCUAUACUCCUUCAUACUACUCCAGUGGCAGCUAUACUCCAUCGUACUACUCCAGUGGCAGCUAUACUCCAUCGUACUACUCCAGUGGCAGCUAUACUCCUUCAUACUACUCCAGUGGCAGCUAUACUCCAUCGUACUACUCCAGUGGAAGCUAUACUCCAUCAUACUACUCCAGUGGAAGCUAUGCUCCUGCUGCGGCGUAUGGAAAAUACUACAGCGGCUACUCCACACCAUCCGCCUAUGAUUAUUCCUCGGCAUACAACUCAGGCAAAUACUAUGGUGGAUACAACGGUGCAGCAAAUGGUAUCUAUGGCGCUUCCUACAAUGGUGCCUAUGGUAGCUACUACCCAGGAUACUCAGGUAGCUACAAUGCGUACUCUUCCUACCAACCAUACGCCAAAUCCGCAUACGCUUACCCUUCAGCAUAUGUGUCAUCCUCCUACCCAGGCUACCAGUACACAUCGGGAGUGGCCGCCUACCCAGCAAUCCAGGCUGAAAUCAAGACCGGCUCAGACACAAUUGUUGAGUCAGCAUCUUUGAGCGACGCCGGCGAUUUGGUGAAGAUUGGAACCAGCAAUGUCCAAUCAACCACUGCUGCACCUGAAUCCAAAUGAAUUUCUUGAAAUGAGGACCUAGAAUUCGAGGAUCAAUGACUACGAAUUCUACGAUCAAGAAUACCUGAAGUUCAAGAAUUGAAGACCUGAAACUUGAGGAUCAAGAAUUGAAGGAUUACAUACCAGACUGACCUGAUUCUAGAACUGACAAAAUUUAACUAUUGUUGUAAGAACCAAUCUGUGUUCUUCAACACUCAAUUUUUCUUGUAUAUAAAAUAAAUAAUGCUCUUGAGGUAA